CGCGGGCUGGGGCGGCUGCGCGCGCGCCGCUCCGCGGCCGCCAUCUUGUGGGAGGGCGCAGGCGAAGGGCAGGACGAGGCGGGCACGGCGGCGGCGGCGGCCGAGGACAAGCAGCCAUGGCUGGCCAUGACUCGGGAUCUCAACACCAGUUCACUGGAUUUCAGAAGUACUUUAAUUCCUAUACCAUCAUAGGCAGAAGGAAUUAUGUAAUAGCAACGUACACAGCUGUUGCACUCAUCGCCCUGUAUUUCAAGUUUAGGCCUAAGAAGCAAACUCCUGCUGUGGCAGAUAAGUAAAUGGUUGCUGGCAUGUCUGAACCUCCAAUCUAUGUCACUGUAACGCAAGCUGAUGGCCUGUUCUGCUAAUAAAAUAUAAAUAAUUACUUGUUUUAUUGGAAAUAUGAAAUGGUGCAAAAAAGCUUAUGUGUGGCACUUCUUUUUCUUCUUGUCAAAAAUAAUUAUUUGUAGUGGAGAUGGAGCAGCUGAUCCCUAUCACUGCUGUUUAGGAUGUGUUUCAACAGCAGCAAACUUAAGGUGUUCUGAGCUCCCAGCAGUAACCUAGGAAGUGUUCAAGGGCUUUUUUUUUUUUCUUAAAGCCAUUUGUACGUGCUGGCCCUGUUGAACAAACCUAGUUUUCCUUUCCUAUGAGCGUGUUUGCUGCACAGAUGGCUUCAGCUGUAUUCCAUGUUCUGGCUGAAUCAUGGUGGUUGUAACAGCAUAAUAAAGUAGCUAGAACCUGUCACCCACCUUUACAACAAUAUUUACAUGACAUGGCUACUCAUCAAUGUAACCAUUUCUGGUUACUUUGUUUCUCUUAGCAGAGUGCUCACAGUUCCAAGCACUGCUCUUGCUUCCAUCACAGCCAUCAAGGGAAGAAAGUAUCUUUGUGUAACAUACAGGCACAAGCUAUGUGGUUUUAGUAUUUAUUGUAAUAUCAAAAGUAUAAAACUGUACAAAAUACAAAGGCAGAAUGUGGCAGUGUUUUCUUUAAGCUGUCAAAAAAUUGUACUUAAAUCCAACUGGUUAUACUGAGAGCUAGGAAAUUUUGUUGAGAUACCAUUAGACAAAUAAAAUCAUAAUGAUUUAAUUUUAA